AUAAACUUAUUAAAUAGAUGGAGUAGACGAAUGGGUGCUGACCAGAGUAAAGGAGAUACAUCAGCUGUCGGCGAAAUCACUGUUGUAAACCAGCCAUCGAGUGGAGCCACAAUUGAAUCAGACGAAGACUAUGAGCGUAUAUCUAACCUACCUUCUUUCGAACCAAUUCUAAGAACUCAUAUAAUCGAAGAGGCAAAACUAUCCCAUAUGGAUCGUCUCAAUCCUGUCAAUUUGGCGAAAGUUGUGAACAGAUGCAGUGUGCAUUUAAAUGACUGUGAUUCUGUUCUUCUAGCAUAUCAGCACAAACUGGGUCUAAAAGUGAAAGAGUCAGAGCAGAAAGCCAAAUUAGUGGCCAACCUGGUUCACGAAAGACAGAAAAAGAUGCAGCGAUCAACCUUGUCAAUUCAGAAAAUCGACACUGUUCAGAGUGAUUUGAAGCGUCUGCUGGCAACAUUUGAACAGAUGGUGAAAUUGUGUGAUGAACUUAACAUGGGCUUACCGGAGUCACAAAGACUGGAACCCUUCAAUUUAACUGAACGAGCUUCUUUUCCAUAAUUUUUCUAGAUAUUGUAUUUAGAUCUUAAAAUUUAAUUUAUGUUUGCUUCACUGA